AUGGACGGAAUGAACGGCAAUGCGCCAGGCGAUGGCGCUCCUCAGAUCGACCUCUACGGUAUUCUCGGAGUCUCCAAGACCGCCUCGAAGAAUGAGAUCAAGAAAGCCUACCACAAGGCUGCAAUGAAGAAUCAUCCAGACAAAGUCGCUCCAGAAGACCGCGAAGAGUCAGAACAGCGGUUCAAGGCAGCUGGUCAGGCCUACGAAAUUCUAUUUGAUGACCAGAAAAGGGCCAUGUACGACCAACAUGGCAUGGCUGCCUUCGAAGGCGGCGGCCCUGGUGCUGGAGACGUCAACAUGGAAGACAUCCUCAAUAUGUUCGGCAUGGGCGGCGGCAUACCCGGUAUGGGCGGUGCCUUCGGCGGAAUGGGCGGAGGUCGUCAAAGAGCGAGGAAAUCGCCCGACGAGAACCAGAAAUACGAAGUUUCGCUAGAAGAUCUCUACAAGGGCAAGACGGUCAAGUUCAGUUCGACCAAGCAGGUCCUCUGCUCAAAAUGCAGUGGGAGCGGCGGCAAAGACGGCGCAAAGGCUCAACAAUGCGCGACCUGCAAGGGCCAGGGUGUGCGGCAAGUAGUCAGCCAGGUUGGGCCCAUGCUGACUCAGAGAGUUGUCCCUUGUGGGGCCUGUGAGGGUACGGGUGAGAUCUGGGAUGCGAAGGAUAAAUGCAAAAAGUGCAAGGGCAAGAAGACGACCGAGGAGAAGAAGCAGCUCGAAUUAUAUAUUCCACCUGGAUCCAAGGAAGGCGACCAGAUUCGGCUCGAGGGCGAAGCAGAUCAGGUCCCGGGAACAGAGUCGACGGGAGACAUUGUGUUCCAUCUUGUUGAGUUACCUGACGACAACUUCCAGCGCACCGGCAAUGAUUUGAGCGCGAAGCUGGACGUGACACUGGCUGAGGCUCUGUUUGGCUUCAACCGCGUCGUCAUCAAGCAUCUUGAUGGACGAGGCAUCGAAAUGACUCAUCCCUACGAAGAUGGCAAGGUCCUCCGCCCGCAGGACGUGAUCAAGAUCCCAGGAGAAGGCAUGCCUAUCAAGCGAUCCGAGGCCAAGGGUGAUUUGUACCUAAUCGUCGAGGUUGAGUUCCCCGAGGAUGGCUUCUUUACAGACCCCGCCACCAUCGAGUCUAUGAAGAAGAUGUUGCCUGGACCUGCACCGGCUAUUGAGGCUGAUGUUGUGGACCCGGUCGAGUAUGAGGAGGCUGACAUAGAAGAUAUUGGCGGCGAAGAGGGUCGCGGUCAGUGGGAGGACGAAGAAGAAGCCAGGGUGCUCAAUGCCAGACACAGUAGGGUUGUUGAGUAUGGAUUGUGGGAGACGAGGAUAUGA